AUGGAUUGGGGUGUCCAGCAAAAGAAAGCCAACCGUUCCACAGAGAAAAACAAGAAGAAGCUGUCUGCCUCUGUGGUAGAAAGCCGCUUGACCAAUGAUAUUUCACCAGAGUCAACUCCUGGAGCUGGACGCAGGAGAGCCCGUACUCCUCAUUCUUUUCCACACAUCAAAUACACUACACAAAUGUCAGUCCCCGACCAGGCAGAACUAGACAAGCUGCGACAGAGGAUCAAUUUCACUGACCUGGAUGAGCAGCGAAGCAUUGGAAGUGACUCUCAGGGUCGUGUUACAGCUGCCAACAAUCAGCGGCAGUUGGCCUCCACACCAGCCAUCACCAAGGAAACAAAGAAACAGAGCCCAGGACAUAGGGAUACUCUGGCCCUUCUGCUUCCAACUAAAGACACUCCACGGCCCAGGCGCAGGAGCUCCGACAGAGAUCUAAUAAGGGACUUUGAAAGAGAUGCGCCAAGAAUUGAUCGCAGUCAGGUGGUUAGUAAACUGGUCCAGAUCCGAGAGGGCAUCACGAAAGCUAACUCCAUGUUGGAUGACUUGGUAAAGAAGAAUGAUGUCCCAGCAAAUGUGGAGCGCCUAUCUCAUCUCAUUGAGGACCUUAAAGAGCAGGAGCGAUCCUAUUUGCGUUUCCUACAGAAGAUGCUGGCCCGGGGGACCGAUGAGGAUGAUGAAGUGGGGACCCAGGACUCUGCUGUGGGCUCAGGUUCUUUGGCAGAGAGCAUCUCUUUAAACAUUGAAAUGCGAUCUACAGAUGUUGCCAUGGGUGGUAUGGCAGAGGCAGGACCAGCUGACCAGAAGGAAGAGCUGGAGAACUUGCGUAAGCAGCAUGAACUGCUAAAGAAGAUGCUGGAGCAGCAAGAGCAGCUCCGAACCCUGCAGGGUCGGCAGGAAGCUCUCAUGGCGAUGCAGCACAGUGCCGAGCAAGCACUGGCUGUCAUUGAGGACACUGUUGUACCUGAAACCACAGGCAGCAUUUCUGGUUUAAGCAUUACUUCAGAACUAAAUGAUGAGUUGAAUGACUUGAUUCAGCGUUUUCACAACCAGCUAAAGGACUCACGGUCCAAAGCGGUACCAGACAACCGUCGUCAGGCAGAAAGCCUGUCCUUAUCCAGAGAGGUGAGCUGGUCGUGUUCGCCUCAAACUGCAGGCCCACCUCAUAGACCCCUUCUUCACUCUGGCUCUGGGCCACACUCUGAACUAGAGGCUGGAGCCACAGCCGCCUGUGCCAAAUUCACAAAGCUACAAGACCUGCAAGACAAGAAACAAACUAUGGACAAGAUCCUACAGGAGCUGCACUCCCUCAGAGAUCAGACACUUAACAAUCGCUCGUCUCGGGGUGUAUCAUCCCAGUGUUUGCCAGGAUCUACAGAUUGUGCCUCCGCCUUGUGUUCUACUGGGGCUUCAGCCUCAACAUCAUUCCAUCCGACACUCGCACAACAGCAACAACACCAAGACGGCUCAAAUUCAACAGACAAGCUCAGGAAACUGAAGGAGGUGCACAAGCGGUUGAAUGAGUUAAGGGAGCUGGUGCAGUACUACGAGCAGACGUCUGACAUGAUGGUAGAUGCAAUCAACGUGAAAGAAGAUGAUGAGGAAGAGGAGGACGAGACUGAGGACAGUUCCAUGUUUGACACUAUGUUCGAUUCUGAGCAGGAGAACCGCCAGUCUGUUACCAACAUACGAAACCCUCAGCGCAGAGGUAAUUGGUCAGAUCUGAACAGCCUGACCAACAGCCGCAGUCCAAGGAGCGCAAACAACCGCGAUGGGAGAUUAAACACAGAAUGUGAGAUUAACAAUCGGUCAGCUGCCAACCUGCGCAGCCUCAAUAUCCCAUCUGCUAUAGCUUGCCAGUACAACAGGGACAGCCCUUUCAACCACGUAAAGGAUGAUGAGGAUGGUCUUGAUACAGUGGCACAGGCCGCCGGAGGAGAGAGUGAGGCCUCGGAGUCCAGUCGCAGAAGCAGUCUGGCCAAUGAUGGAGUGUUUGCUGAGCAGCAAACGGCCAAACAGAAGCUGCGACAGCUACAAGAACUGGUCGCAAUGAUUCAGAGUGAUGACACAGAUGGAACCACAGCAAAUGAGGAUGAGACUCUACAUCAGCAGCCAAACAACACCAGGUCUACUGGGUCUGGGGCCAAACAGAACCCCAGAGACAUGGUUCUGUCCAGUCAUGCCAGGGAGAAACUGUAUGAGGAGAAACUGCGUCAGCAGAAAGAGGAGCUGGAGCAGCUCCAUGAAGAGCGCCAGAGGCUGAUGGAAAUCCAAGGAAAAAUCCAGGAUUUGCAGUGGGUCUGCCCUGACCUUCAGUCCUCAUUGUCAAGCACACUGAGUCAGCAGGGCCUUUUGAGAAAGGCUCCAAUAGCUAUAUCCACUCCAGCUCCUGUGCUGGUUUCUCAGUCUCCUGCAACCAAAAGAAAUGCCUCUGGUCUCAAACCCACUCCUCAAGAAGCUGCAACGUCCUCAGUCACAGACAAUGAGCUGUGGUCUGAAAUGCGUCGGCACCAGAUCCUGCGGGAGGAGCUACGGCAACGCAGGAAGCAUCUAGAGAGUCUGAUGGCCGAACACCAGAGACGCAGUGGAAAUAGUGACUCCACGCACAGGACUGAUGACCAGGAGGAUGUCACGACCACUACCUCCCUGCCCAUCAGCAGAGAUGAGAGGACAAUGGCGACUUGGGGUUCCUCUCCCUGCAAUCUUGAUGAUGAUGAGGCAGAUCAAUAUCAGGAGAUGGCUGUGGAGGAGCGAGAGGAGAAUGAAUGUUCUACAGAAGAUAGCUCGGAUGAGGACUUCCAUGUCUACUCCAAUCGAAACCAGCGCUCCUAUAGCAACAGAAAUAAUCAAGGGUGCAAUUUGAAACCACCAUCGAACUUUUCAAAUGGAGAUAGUGAACAGACAUUUAACAGCAAAGCCAAUACUGAACAGCAGCAGGGUAGAAAUCUGAAUCAGUCAUCAGGUCAACAGCAGAGCAGCAUGCGGCGUCAGGAGAACCUGCGCUGGGCCUCAGACCUCUCCUUUGCCGAGGGCUCGUGUCACUGGCAGGAGCAGGUCGCACAGCUCCAGAGGCAGCUGGACCUGAGCACCAGCAUGUGCCAGACUCUGCUGCAGGACCAACAGACACUGUCCUACAUGCUGCAGACCUUGCUGACCGGACAGUACAGUGUUCUGCCCAACAAUGUGUCCUCGCCACAGGUCCAUCUCAUCAUGCACCAACUUAACCAGUGCUACACGCAGCUGGCAUGGCAGCAGAAUAAUGUGCAGCGGUUGAAACAGGUCCUGAACGACCUUUUGCACCAGCAAAUGCAAGCGUCGUCUUCAGCUGCUGGGUGGCAGAAGCAGGCCUCAUCCCAAGAUUUGCCUUCUUCUGAGGUCUUUCCUCCUUUUUCUUCAAGCCGACCGCCCACAACCAACAACAUGCCAGGAGCUACUAUAUCCCCGUUUGCACCUGGUUUUAACUUGUUUCCCUCAUUUCCUCCGCCCAUGGGAGACUUUCCACAUGGUGCUACAGGACUGCAGAGCUCUGAGCACCAGAAGACUCUCAUAGACCCCAACCUCUCAAUGAAGACAGAAUACAUGAGUUUCCCUCCACCACUGCAGCGGCCCACGCUCAACACCACUGACCGAGGGGCGUCCAGUUGGCUUAACACUUCCUUCACAAACAACUGCGUCCAGCAUCACUCUACCAAACAAGAGGCGUCAGAGUCUCCCACGUCCUCCGACGUCCCUCCGCAUCGCCGCACCCAGCCCCAAGAGUUUGACCGAAGAUCACAAGAAAGCUUCAGCAGCAUGCCUGACCCUGUGGACCCCACCACCGUCACAAAGAUGUUUAAAACGGGACGAAAAGCAUGUGCACAGGCCAACCUGGCCUCCAGAAGCAAGACACCCAAUCAGAAGAGGUGCCGGAGGAGGAACAAAGUGCUCAAUAAGAACAGUGGAGGCCAGGACAGCGACAGUGUCAGCAGCUGUGCCCCUGUGGCCCAGGAGCGGGUAGUCCUGUCCCGACAGAAGAUCCACAAUCAGAGUCUGUUAGAGAAGCUCACCCAGGAGAAACUGGACAGCAAAACCAAGCAAAAUAAACACAACGACCUCUCAUCAGCCUAUGCUUGGAGAACCCCAUUCCUCUCUAACAGAAUUGCAUGCACUGAAGCACCAGAUGCCAGCAGUGACUUCUCCCUGUUCGAGGCUCUGCGGGAGACCAUCUACUCUGAGGUGGCUGCUCUGAUUUCUCAGAACGAGUCCAGGCCACACUUCCUCAUCGAGCUGUUUCACGAGCUGCAGCUGCUCAACACAGACUACUUACGACAGAGGGCUCUGUAUUCACUGCAGGACAUAGUGACCAGACACCUUACGGAGAAGAGCGUGGCACAGCCUGUCCCCGGAGCUGCAGUGUGGACCGCGGGCUCUCAGUCCGAGCUCACCCCCAGUGAGAGUGUGGCCACCAGUGAUGCUGAGGUGGUGGAGAAGAACUUGAGGUUGGCACGGAACAGGAAAAGAGAGGACGCAGAGUCUGUGGGCAAUGACAGCAUCAUGUCCACAUCGUCAAACCUGGAGCCCUUCGCCAGUGAUGACCUUGGCAACACUGUGAUUCAUUUAGACAAGGCUCUGGCCAGGAUUAGAGAGUAUGAGCGUAUGAAGCUUAAGGCUGAGUUUAACCACUGCCAUGGCGGCGCAGCAGCUGUAGGGGGCGCUGAGGCUUCACACAUUGAACAGCGCCCCAAUGUGGAAGGGGCUGCAGCAGCUGUGUUGAACUGCCCCCAGAUCGACACACAACCAUUAGACCGUCAAAUCAAAGCCAUCAUGACUGAAGUGAUCCCCUUCCUCAAGGAAAACAUGGACGAGGUCUGUUCCGUGCAGCUGCUGACGUCCGUGCGACGCAUGGUCCUCACGCUCACGCAGGAGAACGACGAGAGCAAGGAGUUCGUUCGCUUCUUCCACCGCCAGCUGGGAGGACUCCUGCAGGACUCUUUGAACAAGUUUGUGGGACGGACCCUGAAGGAGUGCGGCGAGGACCUCCUGGUGGAGAUCUCCGAGGUUCUGUUCAACGAGCUGGCCUUCUUCAAACUCAUGCAGAACCUGGACAGCAGCAGUAGCACCACGGGCCCCGCCACCAGACCCAAGAUCAGGACCCACACCGAGCACGCCAACAGAGGCCAACGCAAGGCCAAGGAAAACACAAAUAUUGUUGCAGAAAAGACGGUUGUUCUGAAGUACUCUGAUGAAGAUAAGGACUAUGAUGAGGCUGAGCAGGAAGGGAGGUCCAGGCUGCAGCAGCGACAGGAGCAGUACCUUCAAACUGAACUCAACAACAACCACAGCCACACGAGGAGCAGCGACGUUUCCGAGGCCGAGGAGGAUCGAGUGGCCGCGCCUCUGUCCAUCAGUCUGUCUAAAGCAGAAACUCAGGCUCUGACAAACUACGGCAGCGGUGAAGAUGAAAACGAUGAAGACGAGGUGGAGGAGUUUGAGGCCGGCCCUGUGGAUGUGCAGACGUCACUUCAAGUCACAGCGGCUGGACACAUGGAGGCAGAGAAAAUGAGAACGGAAACCCCAGAUGCUGAAGCAGAGCAGACACAGUCUCUGGUGGAGCAAGAGGAUGCAGAGGCCUGCAGUGAGUCACCUGUGGAGUCCAGUGAAGGCGCUGCCCCAGAGCAGGACCAACCCCAAGAGGAGGGCUGUAACGCACACAUGGCUGCUGCCUCUGAAGAAACAGCCUCUCACGGCGAGGACGUCCUCAAAGGCCCUACAAGCUCCAGCAGCCCAGACACAGACUCCCCGGUCAUGAUCAAUGUGGAUGAGGUGGGCAGCGGCAGCACCAGUCAGAAGUCCGACGAGGACGACUUUGUGAAGGUGGACGACUUGCCCUUGCAGCUCAACGUCAUGUGUGAGGAGGAGCUUCAGAAGAGAAUCGUGGAGGAGCAGCAGAAUAAUAACUUGUCGGCUGAGAUCUUGAACGGGAACACAGAGGGGCCGAGUUCAGGGCUGGUGGGCAACGACCACAACCUCAAAGAUCCUGAAGCUGUCUGA